AUGACUGACGGUGUUAUUUAUUCCAUGUUAGAGUUUCCUACUGCAAGCCAAGCCCAGAAUGACUACAGACCACAGCAAGAAGGCUCCUCCGACUCCACUCGUGCCAGCUGCCCUAGCUGCCCAGACCUCUGGAUGAGAUAUGGUAGCCGCUGCUACUAUUUCUCAGUGGAGAAAAAGGAUUGGAUGUCUAGUCGGGAAUUCUGCUUAGCCAAAGAUGCACAUCUCCUUGUGUUUACGGACACCCAGGAAAUGAGCCUGCUCAAAGAUUUCGUCAAUAAGGACUUUCACUGGAUUGGCCUGAGGAACAGCUCUGGCUGGAGGUGGGAAGAUGGGUCAGCUCUGAACCACUCAAGGAUUCUUUCUAAUAGCUUGGUACAGAAAUGUGGUACCAUCAGCAAAGAUGGUCUCCAAGCCUCUAGCUGUGAAGUUCCUUUACAGUGGAUCUGUAAGAAGGUCAGACUUUGAUGGACACUCCGUUCUGACCCUCAGACUUGUCAUAUGUCCCUAAAAAGAGGGACCUGGCCACUGGGUGUUGAGAUAGCCACGAGUGUAUAUUUAGCAAAUGCUGAACUUUCUCAGAUAUGGCAUUAGAAGUAAGGUUAAUCCAGCCUCCUAGGGAUUGAUGCUUUACUAAUAGAUUCUCCUUGAGAAUAUUUGGAUAUUAUGUUAACAAUUUAAAGACCAGAUCUAGGCAUAUUUGUGAAAUCAAGUUUGUUUUUACUAUUUCUGCCUAGUAACUAAUGCUGCUUCUCUGAUCCCUACUCCCACCAUUCCUGUCAAAAAUAUGCC